AUGAUACUGCGUAAUGUUAGUGGAAUCAUCUUUGAUGUGGCCAUGAAAAGCAUACCGAAAAACAUGCAGUAUCAUUCAACAAAUAGCGUCUUAAAUCGUACACUCACGUCGCACCUUUGCGAUACGACUGUUGUAUACCACGACACUAGCAUGGCAGCGAUGUCCUCAAACAGCACGACUGACACUGAAUCAUCCUCCCCAUCUCCACCUUCUCGACCACCCCCUCCUCCACCACCACCUCCACCUGAACCGGAAUUCUCAUGUGUUUCCACCCGUUCCGUCCAGCCCAGACGUGCCUUUACCGGAUCGCACGUUCCUGAACCACCCGAUCCGUUGACAUGUUGUGGCUCCGGGUGUCCAGAUUGUGUUUGGAUUCAAUACGGCGUACAACUAAUGAAUUAUUAUAGUGAAAAACCUAUUGAAGAAGCGCUGCGUAUGAUUGACGAUCAAAUACCGGACAUUUGUAUGCGUGAAUUUGUGAAGACUGAACUUCGAGCAAAAAAGAAAAAUCGUUAA